AUGAAUAGAUCAAUAGGAUUUAACAUCUGCGUGGUCACCUGCAGCAUCCUGCUCUUGUCCUUCAGUCCACCAUGCCUUGCAUCUCAGCCACUGGAGGAGAGGGACAUGACAAAGGUCCAGCAUGGCCCCUGGGCAGGGAAUGGGGUAGAAGAUGAAAGGACAAGCAUGCUGAACUUGAAAAAUGACCUGGGCCCUUCUGAGCAGCCUGUUGCUGAAAAACCGUGUGGAGUGUCACCAAAGCCAUCUGGGAUGCCCUUGAAUGAAGCUUUCACUGCAGAAGGAGAAACGCUGUCUGUAAGCCAUGUUGUUCCAGGCAGCCCGGGCCUGGGUGCUCACACCUCUGCUGCAGUGGUGGCUGCUGUAGGCGAGGAGGAGCGUGGUCCCACAAAGUCUGAGCUGGAUGAGGAUGAUGCAUUCAAGGCCAUGCUGACCAUAGCUGUGACCACCCCGAACCCAACUGUCCAGGAGGAGUCUGUCAGUGGCCCCAUUAGCAAGACCACCACAGAGGGUGGUGUUGGAGUAGAUCACAGCUCUGCCAGCCUCUUGGCAAACACCAUUUCUGGGACAGCUGAGGAGGAGGAGGCAGAGAGCAGCUCACACCCUUCGGCAGCCCCCCAGCCCACUCUGUACCCCAGCUCUCCUGGCUGGGAAACAGCAAGUGACCACCCUGCUGUCCCAACUCCCUGGGCUCAGGGCAUGACCUCUGAGGUGGGCAUGCUGAGGGCCAGCACAGGGAGCCUGCUGAAGGCCCUGGUUGUGCGAGCGUCCAUGGCUGCAGAGCAUCCCCUCACGGCAACUGAGGCUUCCCUGGAAGCAGGGAUGAGUGUUGGGAGAGGAGAGCUGCCUGCCACAGCUGGCACUGUCACCAUCCGCCCUCUGGACACUGUGCCACCUGACUGGGAUGACACAAAACCAGGGGGCAUAAGUCAAGGGGGAAGCAUGUCUCAUGAGGAGGCGACAGAGAACCUGGGGGCAACAGAACCAUCCCAGACCCUGCAGGGAGGCAUGGAGGAGGAAGAGGAUGCAACAAGAGUACUGCCAUCCCCCGUGUCCCCUCCGCCAACUCCUGGGCUUGCUGAGGAGACCAACUGCACAGCACUGGUGCAAGGGGAGGUGAUGCCGGCAGCUUCCACCAGCAGCAGUGAUGCUCUCCACCCUGUGAACCUGACAGGUGUAGACAUGGCUGAUCUCAGCUCACUGGAAGACGUAAAUGCAACCACAACAGAGGAGGAGAAAAGUAUCCUUCCCUCGCAGCCGGAGGCUGCUGUGGUGACAGAUGAAGAGUCUGAACUCUCUCCUACUCUGGAAAGCUCAUGGGAAGGUGCUACUCAGGAGGUGACAACUGUUGCCCAGGAGGCUGAUGCUGCUCUGUCAGUUGUGACACUGGUGCCUGGUGCUACCCAGGAAACAGGAGCUGCAAGCUUUCCCCCGGAGAACAGUGGGGAGGACACCCAGAUGCCGACUGCUCCUAGUGCCACCCAGAUGCUGGUGGCAACUGGUACUUCCCUGACGGUGAACACUCCAGAUGUAGAAGACCUCACAGAGGUGGUCCUGGUCACCAGUGAGAAGGCUGUGCCAGCUCCUGGUGGGUUGUCUGCUGCUACCCAGUCUGGACAGACAGAGGAGCCAUCCAGCGGAACUGUGGUCCUGGUAACUCCAGCAUCAGUGGCCUCUUCUGUCAGGAGGACAGCUCUUCCGUCGGUGAGGAGGAUCAGUACGGCUGUGACCUAUGGGCUGGAGCGCCUGGAGUCGGAAGAGGGUGAGGAAGAGGAAGAAGAUGAAGAGGAGGAGGAAGAAGAAGAGGAGGAAGAGGAAGAUGAGGAAGACAAAGACAUAGAUUCGAUGGAUGAAAGCAUGGAGGGUGACACGGAGCUGCCAGGUUUCACGCUUCCAGGCGAGACUUCCCAGGAUCCCAUAGCUGGCCUGGAAAACCCUGUGGCCCAGUUGGCCGGAGUGUCCUACCAGGUUCCCGACACCAUCGAGUGGGAGCAGCAGAACCAGGGUCUGGUGAGAAGCUGGAUGGAGAAGCUGAAAGAUAAGGCAGGAUACAUGUCGGGGAUGCUGGUUCCUGUAGGAGUCGGAAUAGCCGGAGCCCUCUUUAUCCUAGGAGCACUCUACAGCAUUAAGAUUAUGAAUCGCCGAAGGAGAAAUGGCUCAAAGAGACAUAAAAGAAAGCAGAGGGAGUUUAACAGCAUGCAAGACCGAGUCAUGCUCUUAGCUGACAGCUCUGAAGAUGAAUUUUGA